AGGCGGUUCACGUUGGCGCUAGGGCCAGAGCUCCACCACAAGCUGUCGUAGUCAACCCUGUGCCUGGAGGAGCAUCAACAUCGCAUUGCAGCGACACGACCCCUCACACCCUCCCUCCACCCACCACGACCGACUGACCCACCACGCCUACCUUGCUCUCGUGACUGGCGUGCUUUUGAGAUCCACAGACACACGGCCAGCCCUCAACAGCACCCGCCGUCGCCGCCGCCGCCAUCAUGUUCCGCAACAACUACGACAACGACUCGGUCACCUUCUCGCCCCAGGGCCGCAUAUUCCAGGUCGAGUACGCGCAAGAGGCUGUCAAGCAGGGCUCGGUCGUCGUGGGCAUCGUGAGCAAGACACAUGCUGUGCUCGCAGCAAUCAAGAGGAACGCAGAAGAGCUCUCGUCGUACCAGAAGAAGAUCAUCCCCAUAGACUCGCACUUCGGCGUCGCUCUCGCCGGGCUCGCCUCAGAUGCCCGAGUGCUCUCCAACUUCAUGAAGCAGCAGUCGCUCGCCUCUCGCCUGACAUACGACCGCGCCAUUCCCCUCUCCGAAAUCACGUCCCGCAUCGCAGACCGCGCCCAGACCAACACGCAGCAAUACGGCCGGAGACCAUACGGAGUGGGGCUGCUGAUUGCCGGCGUCGACGCAAAGGGCCCUCACCUGUUCGAGUUCCAGCCCAGCGGCGUGACACAGGAGAUGAUUGCGUGCGGUAUUGGUGCCAGGAGUCAAAUGGCCAGGACCUAUCUCGAGAGGCACCUUGACGAGUUCGACGCCUGCAGCAGGGAGGAGCUGAUCAAGCAUGCCUUGAGGGCGCUGAAGGAGUCGCUGUCACAGGACAAGGAACUGACCGUCGACAACACGAGCGUCGGCAUCGGUGGCAUUGGCGAGAACUUUGUGCACUUCGAGGGCCAGGAUGUUGCAGAGUGGCUGGAUGCUACGUUUGAGAACCGAGAAGGGGGCAACGACGAGGGUGAUGAUGCCAUGGAGACGGACUCAUGAGACUGUCAUGCAGACAACACGCUCUCCCACUGGCGCCCCAGUGCU